CACCCACAGCUAUAGAAGUCUACAAUUGCUGUUGCUUUCUUCCCCAAAGAAAAUGACGUCACAAUCUUCUUUGAUCGAGUACCCGAUUCUAUAGCAGUAACAAUGUAUAAUGUGUCCUUGUUUAGCAUUGAUCUGAAUAAAACGUACAAAAAUAUUCUUACUGCAAAUCAAAGAUAUUGUUUUGAAGAUGUGGUGGAUGGGAAUUAUUAUGUAUCAAUAGAAGUCAUUACUACAGAUGUAAAAUGUUCAGAUAGUUGUAGAUUCACAAAGUCUUCUUUUUUCAAAGUUGGAAAUCCUAUGAACAAGGGAAAGUUUUCAGGAGUCAGAAGAAAUGAUCACACUGAAAACACAGUACUGUCUGUCAUAGGGGGAGUGGUUGUGGGGGUUUUACUGUUGGUCAUUUUAUGCUACAUGUACUAUCGAUGGAGGAACAAUUUGUCCCCAAAAGACACAGAGAUGUAUGAUAAUCUAAAGAUACUUUUGAUUUACUCCGAUAACCGAAAAGAAAACAUUAUUUUAGCAACGGAAUUUGCAAAGUUUUGCAGAAUAAAGUUGCAAAUAGAAAUAAUUUACGAUAAACUGAAGGAUGAGAUGACCAAAAUAAAAGACGUAGGAUAUGCAUCAUGGUAUAUGGAAAAACUAGAGGACCUACCAGCUGCCAUUAUUUUGUGGACCCCUGGAUCUGAUACUAAAGCAGAAGAAGGCACAAAAUCUAACGAGUUUAAUGUUGGUGUCACCUUUGCAUUAAAUUCAAAAACAAACGACGAUAAAAGGAUAGCGUGUGUCUAUUUUGACAAGGCACAUAAAGGGUCGAUUUCAAGUGAUAUACGAAAGGAAGUGCGUGUAUUUUGUAUUCCUAAGAAAUCUGGAGACUUAGCAGCUUUUUUACAGGGACAUAAACGUUUAAGACAAGUAAAUAUUAACAAAGACUCCAGUCUAGAAAACGCCGUACUAGCAAUAAAUACAAAUAUUAAUAAUUCUAAUGAUACAAUGAUAGUGACAUCUGAACAAAAAGAAAUAAUAGAAAAUGAGGAAACAAAUGUCUUAUCUGAGGAGGAACUUGAUGAAGAAAUAUCAAUGUUGAAAAAAAAGAUUGAAAAAAAAAACACUACAAAUCUUAGCAAUUCCAGCAAAAGUUCUACAUCUAAUGGAGAAAUCCCCAUUUAUAACCCUUAUUGCCCAGUACAUGGGGAACAUUCCAAAAUGCGCAGGGGAAAUACGUCUCACCAUCCUCAUUCCGCCUCGGAUAGAUCAAGUUGUCUUAAAAAGCACCAUCAUAUAUUCCCUGGAGAGACAGAGCAUCAAUACUCUUGCCCUAGUAAAAUAAAUCAAGAAUAUACUGACCAUAAUGUGGAUUCUUUUAAUAAUUCCGUGCAUUACACAUUGGAUGAGCCAUUGCUAACUGAACAUAAAUGUGUUCCAUUUCAUUCACAUUAUCCCAACAGAAUGGAAUCCUCUUAUCCCAAUUCUGCACAGGAUCAGUUUGCUCCAAAUCAUGAUCAAGGAUAUAAAUAUGAAUAUGUUCGACAUUCACGUAAAAGUAAUGCACCAAUGUUACUAAGACAGCACAGCGCUGGGGCAGAAUAUAGUGCGUCAACAAGGAGAAAGAGUAAAGAAUAUAAGGAUUAUAAUCAAAGAAAAAGGGACAACCUAACGCCAUAUGACAGUGACUCAUAUGACGAAGAAAUUGAAAACACGCCACUAAAUCAUCCGAAAUUCUACUUGGAAGAAGAAGAAGACGCACAACCAUCUAACCUUUGUUUAAAGACGUCAAAUAAGUCGUAUUCUCUAGACAGUAUAGAAUCCAAUGAUUCCAACUAUAGUAAAAGGAGCGAUAGUAUAAGUAGUUACGACCUAAAGAUGUCACUUCAGAAAUUUAUAUGAUUAAUUUUGCUGUUUCCA